GGGUUUUAAAAUUUUCAGUAUAUAAAAUCGGUUGGAUUCUUGUAAGCGGCUGGCUCAACCUGCGUACUCUCUUCGACUUGUUGCAGCGCAGAUGGCGAACGUUCCGGGGCAGUUGGUGUGGGAAAUCGUGAAGAAAAACAGCUCUUUCCUCGUUAAAGAGUUUGGCAGAGGCAAUGUUGGUGUUCAAUUCAGCAAAGAGCCAAACAACCUCUACAAUCUCAACUCCUACAAGCAUUCCGGCUUAGCGAACCGUAAGACAUUGACCAUUCAGGCAGGGGGCAAGGAUUUGUCAAUAUUGAUAGCGACAACAAAGACGAAGAAGCAGAAUAAACCCGCGAGUUUGCUCCACAAGUCAAUUACGAGGAAGGAAUUUCCUCGCAUGGUUAAGACUGUGACUAAUCAGGUGGCUGACAAUUACUACCGCCCAGACUUGAAGAACGCUGCCCUUGCAAAACUAAGCGCAGUUCAUAGGAUCUUUGACCAUCCCAUUUAAUUUCCAAGUCUGGUGUGAAGAAGAGGAAGUGAAUCAAUGGCUUAUAAGGGUUUUCAUUCUUCCACUAUUACAACUUUUUUUUCCUUUAAUUUUAAAUUCUUAUGUACCCUACUUGAAAUUUAGGAUCUUUGACCAUCCCAUUUCUUUUUUUUUUGUUAUUUUCAGUGUAGCCUUGAAAGGAUUAGUUUAAAUAUGAAACAUUGUUUGAUUCAACAGCAAAAAAUUUGUUCCCUACAGA